AGUGACAGUGACAUUGUUUUAAUGACGUUUUUUGUCAGUUUCCUCUAAAAACGAUAAACUUUUGUAUCGGUUAUUUCAUAUAUCAUAUCGAAGAAUUGAUAUGUAGGUAGUAUUAUGUGGGAGUCGUUCUAUAAUAGAACUUCCCAAUCUUGUUCAGGUUUUAACGAAAAAACAUCAAAUUACAAUAAGAAGAAACACGAUCUGCAAUCUGUAGAAUAUAUAAAUUAUAUCCACAAAGAUGUAUUGUGUUAUUUGGACACAUAUCCUUUGAAAAAUCGUCGAACAAAUCAAAGAAGAAUGCCGAAUACAAAUAGAAGUCGAAACGAUAAAAGCGACGAUGUUCCAAAUACCGUAUAUUCUAAAGUGAACGCAGAAGCUUCUUAUUCGUCUAAAAAAAGACCGCGAACUACUUCCUGUAAACGGUGUGAAGCCACUAACGAGUUAACCGCUCUGUCUGGAAAAAUGUGCGAACUGCUACCAAAAAGUAUUAAAUCACAGACAAAACCAUUUUAUCCAAAAUUGAUUAAUGAAAUAUCCGAAUCACAAAAUCAGUUACCUGCUCAACCGGAAAAACAGAGUAUUGAACCAACUAAACCCGUUCUGAAACAAUUUACAAAAUCUAUUAGUAUUAGUGAUAAUGACAGUCCGAAAACUGCAGAAUGUACUUUAAAACUUGAAAGAAAAUUCUGUACCGAUAAAAGUUGUCCUUUGAAAAGAACGUCAUUUGAAUGGAACGAAGACGGAGAUAAACAUUUAUACUUGUUCGGUGAAAAAGGAUCUGGAACACGUUCAAAAACUGGAGGGGUACAAGAUUUCUAUCAACUACGUGAUGAAUGUCUCGCUAAUGGUACACUUUUCGAAGACCCAGAAUUUCCUGCUACUGAUACGUCAUUGUUCUUCAGUGAAAUACCAGAUAGAACUUAUGAGUGGAGAAGACCCCACGAAAUUUGCACUGAUCCUAAAUUUUUCGUGGAAGGGUUUUCCCGUUUUGAUGUACAACAAGGUAUCCUUGGUGAUUGCUGGCUUUUGGCAGCUACGGCCAAUCUAACCCUGCACAGCCGUUUAUUCUUCCAAAUCGUACCUGAUGAUCAAGAGUUCGAUGAUAAAUAUGCAGGCAUAUUCCAUUUUCGAUUUUGGCAAUAUGGCAAAUGGAUAGAUAUUGUGAUUGAUGACAGGUUACCAACAUAUAGAGGUGAAUUGAUAUUCCUACAUUCUACUGAAGAAAACGAAUUUUGGAGUGCUCUGUUAGAAAAAGCUUACGCAAAAUUGAAUGGAUCCUAUGAAGCACUUAAAGGAGGAUCCACAUGUGAGGCUAUGGAAGAUUUUACUGGUGGAGUAUCGGAAAUGUAUGAAAUGGAAUCGGCUCCACCUAACCUCUUUCAAAUUAUACUUAAGGCCUAUGAACGGUGUUCACUUAUGGGAUGUUCUAUUGAACCUGAUCCCAACGUUCUGGAAGCUCAUACACCACAAGGACUCAUAAGAGGUCAUGCAUACAGUAUAACAAGAGUUAAAUAUGUAGAAAUUCACACACCAAAUGUUUCCGGUAAAAUACCUUUACUUAGAUUACGUAAUCCAUGGGGAAAUGAAGAUGAAUGGAACGGACCCUGGAGUGAUGAAGCACCAGAAUGGCGCUUCAUUUCUCAGGAAGAAAAAGAAGAGUUGGGUCUCACAUUUGAUAAAGAUGGCGAGUUUUGGAUGUCAUUUAAAGAUUUCAUGAAGAACUUCAGUAGAUUAGAAAUAUGUAACUUGAAUCCCGAUUCUUUGUCAGAAGCCGAAUUGGAAGAAGAGGAUAAGAAAAAAUGGGAAAUGUCUGUAUUUGAAGGUGAAUGGGUUAGGGGCGUGACUGCAGGAGGAUGCAGGAAUUUUCUUACUUCCUUUUGGCAUAAUCCUCAAUAUAGAAUUACUUUGACUGAUGUUGACGAGGACGACGAUGAAAACAAAUGUACUAUGAUCGUAGCCUUGAUGCAAAAAAAUAGAAGACAAUUACGUCAAUCAGGGGCUGACCUACUUACAAUUGGAUUUGCCAUAUACCAUUUAUCUUAUCCAGACAGACUUCCUAAACCGUUAGAUUUGAACUUCUUUAAAUACAACGCUUCAGUGGCACGCUCUCCGUCCUUCGUUAAUUUACGUGAAGUUAGCUGUCGUUUCAAGCUUCCACCAGGAACUUACUGUAUUGUACCAUCCACGUUCGAUCCCAAUGAAGAAGGCGAAUUUCUACUAAGAGUGUUUACAGAAAAACAAAACGUCAUGGAGGAGCAUGAUGAUGAUGUAGGAUUUGGUGAAGUGGAGGAUAGUGCAAAUACAGAACCAUCUGAAGAAGAAAAAGAAGAGUUUCAUCAAGUUUAUGAAUUCUUCCUGAGACUUGCUGGAGAAGACAAAGAAGUAGACUGGAUGGAAUUAAAAGACAUUUUAGAUUAUUCACUUAAAUCAGUACUGAAAGUAGAUGGUUUCUCAAAAGAUGUUUGCCGAAGUAUGAUUUCGAUGUUGGAUACAGAUAAAUCAGGAAAAUUGGGCUUUGUAGAAUUCACAGAGUUGUGGGACUCUAUUCGACAAUGGAAGAAUGUUUGGAUGUUAUACGAUAAAGAUCAGUCUGGAACAUUUAGCGGUUUCGAGUUGCGACAAGCUUUGAAUUCAGCAGGUUUCAGGUUGAAUAAUAAGAUACUGAAUAUUUUGAUGCACAGAUAUGGUAACAAAAACGGUGAGAUGGACUUUGAAGAUUUCAUGAUGUGUGCUAUUAAAUUAAAAACAAUGAUUGAACUCUUCAAAAAGAAACAAUCAAAUUCAACAAGAAAUGCGAGUUUCUCGAUAGAUGAAUGGUUAGAAAACACUCUUUAUUCCUAAACAUAUAUUUUUGUUAGAUAUAUAAAAAUUUCAAAUGAAGCUUUUUUCUUCUAUUUUUGGAAAUGUAUGUUCGUUUCAAAAUUGUUAGUAAGAUUUAUUAGUAUUAAGAACGUUUAAUUCCUCAUUAUAUACACAAUAUAUACAAAUUUAUACAUUUUCUUGUUCAAUUGUUGACUCAUAAAUAAAUAUUUAUUGAUGAA